AUGGAACAGCUACCCGGGAUCGCACUCACUUCGCGCGCCUUCCAAAAGCAGACGCCGCUAGAGGAGAGCAGCAGCUACGGGCCAGCCGUCCCCAGUUCCCAGUUGUUGCUCGUUGCAUGUGUUCAGGAAGGCGAGCCUUCGAUCGUUUAUUGCAUGGUCCUCUUUUCUGCGACUCUUUUGGACUGCAGAUGUACAGGUAUCACGGUAUCGGUUCUCAACAGAGUUGAUGACGCCACGUCGGAAACAGCGCAUGCGUUGCAACGUGAGACGGGAGACCUCGUGAUUCGGGAUUGCCGUCGUACGCACUUAUCGCAUGCAGCUCGGCGUGAUGGAACGAGCUCUGAUGGCACCAUUGGAGAGAGCGAGCUAUGCCAGCUUGUCAAGGCCGUGGACAAGGCUUCCUUUUGGGACGAGGCCAAGCUGGCCUCCUUGAUGAAAGGCUUCGGCCUGGAUGCAGGCAGAAUCAAGUUAAAGUCCUUUGCGCAAAUGCUUUUCGAGGGCCCCCAGUCCGCCUUGUACCAGGUGGUGCGAGAAGAUCUGCGCAAAGCCAUGACUGCGCCUGAAUGGGACGAUGGCAGCUACGCGCCGAUUCUCAUCCGUUUGGCAUGGCACUCGUCAGGAACCUACAACAAAGCUGAUGGCACAGGGGGCUCCAACGGCGCCACCAUGCGCCAUGCCUUGGAGGCCAACGACCCGGAAAACGCCUACUUGGAGCAUGCUCGAGAACUCUUAGAAGCCGUGAAGGCAAAGCAUUCCUGGAUCUCCUAUGCUGACCUGUGGAUCCUGGCUUCCUAUGUCGCCUUGGAGAACACAAAUGGCCCGAGGCCCAAAGCAGCAGCGCAGUUUCAGUGCGACGUAGGCGCAGAAACGAAAUCCUUGAAAGAGUACUCCGGCGCCAACGACUGGGUAGUGCAGUGUGAAUGCAUGAAAUGCGUCAGCAUCGAUCUCAAAGUGCAUUCGACAAUCAAGGUCGCUCCGGGCCGACUGCCUGGGGCUGAGCAUGGCUUGGCGGACGGCAUGGAGGGAUGGGAGAAUCUGGCCCAACAUAUCCGUGAUGUGUUUGGCCGGAUGGGCAUCACCGACAGAGAGGCUGUAGCCUUGAUAUGUGGUGGCCACGUCUACGGGCGUUGUCAUCCUGAACCGACUGCCUCCGGCUACGCUGGAGCCUGGGUGGAGAUGCCCACUCUCUUCAGCAACGAAUAUGCAGCGGAUAUGGUUUGCCCAGCCUGGUCUUGUUCUGCUUGUCUUUGCUCCAUCACGCUUGUGCUGAUUGCAACCAGAAAUGCAGCACCGGCCACAGCGGUGUUUCAUCUUGGUGUUUCGGGCAGCAAACAUGGCUCGGCCGUUUGCCAUUUUGGUAGCAAGAUUUACACUGAUCACCUUCCUAUGCUGAUCCACGUUACGCAAGAUGUCUCUGCAGCGAGCCAGCGCUACCUGACUGCCUGGCAAAAGGCACGUGGUAAAGGGCUCAAUGACUACGGCCGCUUCGGGGUGCUCAGUGAGGUGCAGGCAUACAAUCGUCAGUCAACGGAGCUAAUUCACCGUGAGCUAUGCCAGCUAAAGCAGACGGGAAACCUGACGGCUCUCUUCAUUCAAGCUGGGGUGCUUCAAAAGUUGGGUGACGACAGCUGCUUCGUCCCACCGAUGCGGGAGCGCUACGCCCUCCAUCUAGAAAGGAAUGGUGUCGCCUGGCAGAACUUCAGCACCCUCUGCAACGUCACUUUCUCGGGUCAGUAUGCCAAUGUUCUGCACAGCCCGGCUUUGCCCAAUCCCUAUGGCCUCUUGAUUGUCCAACACAGCACGCUUCGCGUUUGCCCCAUUGAGACCAGGAUGCCACGGGGUGAGGGUCCGCUGGAUCAGGAUUACGCCAACGAUGCUUACCAUCGAUGCAAAGAGGGUUUGGACGUCACAUCAAACUGCUCAGAACUGCUGGAGAUACGAAACGCCAUUUUUGCAAAGCGCAGCGACGCCGUGCGCCAGCGAUUCGCAGAGUGGUUCUCUGUCAAUCCCGGAACAGUCGUUGCAGUGCUACACCCCGAGUUCGAAAAGUUGGACAAAUGGCCUUCUGGCGUGGGAGUGUUUCGGUUCUUGCCCACCCAGGGCUUGGAGGGUCAUUGUCAAUCGAGGCGCCAGGACGCUCUAAGCCUCCUAGCCGACUACCACUACAGAUCACAGCCACGUAGCCACACCACGGACACCAUGGCUUCCAGAGCAGAAGCCGGAAGAGAAAAGCUGCGCAUCCUGACUCCGACUCCAACCGUCCGAAGCUGCACUGUGUCCAUGGCGUUUGCAGAGGGAAGCAGCUCUCUUAGAGUCCCACGAUGUCCCACGAUGUCCCACGCCAACUUCCCCCUGCUUGACCUGUCCAUUCGCUGGCCGAAAAUGGUGUCGGUGGGCGCACUGAACCUGGCAGAGUCUGGCAAAGUGGACAGCUUGUGGGAGACCGCCUCCGUCUGCUUUGUUGGAUGGGAGGUUACUGAGGUGGGAGACAGAUGGAUCGCGGUGAAGCAUGACACCGUGAUGCCAGAUGGAGGUCAAGUACCAGAAGAGGUGCGGCCUGCUCCUGGAAAGAGGCAGUACAUUGACCUGACCAAAUACGAGGGAGAGGCAGAGCACGAGAUUCACUGUCUGAUGAAAGCUCGCAUCGAGCUUGCAAGUGGGAUUGGAAAGGAGCAGCCGGACGUAUCCUCACCUGUCCAUGGCCGUGCCCAGGACACGUCUCUGACCGCAUUCGUCGGGCGCGGUGGCUGGAUUUCACUUGCCAGCGGGGCAGGCCGUGACAGCAGCUUGUACUCGUAG